AUGACUAGUCUGAAGCGCUCUCAGACUGAGCGCUCAGUUGGGGGCUCCGUGCCGGCUUCUGAUGAGUUCUAUACUCGUCGCCUUCGACUGCCCAAUGGAGGGGCACCACCGCCUCGUAGUGAGAGCGCACACAUCUCCUCUUCCUCAACCACUGGCACCAACCCUGGGGUCCCUAAGAUGGGGGUUCGAGCCCGGGUGGCUGACUGGCCCCCAAGGAAAGAUGGAGGAGGAGGGGGAUCAGGGAGUGGAGACAGAGAAAGACUUUUGGGAGGGGUAGGAAGUGAAAGAGGAGGAGGAGGAGGAGGAGGAGGACUAAGUAGUUGUGGUAGCAGUGGAGGAGGGCGAGAAGGAGGAAGUGUGUCAGCUGUCACAGCACAUAGCAAUCUCUCAGCCAAGUUGGGUCACCUGAUAAGCCCACAAGACUCAUCUAUGCUGCGUAACAUACAAAACACACUGAAGAACAAGAUGCAAAGCAAAGGGAAGGACAAUCGCUUCCUGUCACCAGAUGGUUAUCUUGGUUCACCUCGCAAAGGUAUGAGACGCAUCCGCCAGCGUAGUAACAGUGAUAUAACCAUCAGUGAGCUGGAUGGGGAAGGGAAUGAAGGAUGGUCCUUUUCUGGGUGGACACCCAUGCACCGAGAGUAUGGCAGCACAUCCUCUAUAGAUAAACACGGUGUGUCUGGAGAAAGCUUCUUUGACAUGCUAAAGGGAUAUCAGUCAUCGGAGGCCCCUGAUCAGCGCAGUCCAGCUCCAGAGAGACUAACAGAGCUUUUAACUGUGGCCCCUAUAAAACAGGCUGCCUUGGACCUGCCAGAUGGACCCUUAGGUCCAGCACGAGGUAGUCCUGCCAGCCGGCUGAAGGAACGAGAGAAGCACCUAAAGAGAAGAUCAAAGUCAGAAACGGGUGGAGAGUCCAUAUUCCGAAAACUGCGAAGUGUGAAGGUGGAGGGGGAUACAUCGAGGGCUGGCUCAGAUGCUGAAGAUGGUGGGAAAGGGGAUGAAAGUGGCCCACCUCCUAAACCCUGGGUGUGUCAAAAAGGCUUUGCCCAUUUUGAUGUUCAGUCUUUACUCUUUGACCUCAAUGAGGUGAUCCAGAACCGGCAAUCUGGGGCCAAGCGCAAAAACACCACUACUGGUGCCUCAGCUGCUGCUGCUGCAUCUGCUUCUGCCACAUCCUCCCUUUCCUCUAACCAGAGUGGAACGUACGGGUCUCCCUGUGGCUCACAGGAGGAGUUGAGCAAAGAGGGUACCGGAGGAGGACAUGGUACCAACCCUGCUUUAGACCCUGGUGAUGACAAGAGCAAUGAUUUGGUUCUCAGCUGCCCUUGUUUCAGAAAUGAGAUCGGGGGAGAGGGGGAGAGGAACAUCUCACCUGCUAAACAAGGCAGCAUAGGUAGUGGUGGAAGCUCUAGCAGUUCUUCUGGCAGUACAGAGGAAGGACCUCUGGAUGUUACUCUCAUGACCCAUUUUACUAAUGCUGGUGUUGCAGUGUUGGAGGCUCCUAAAGAUGGUCCAAGCCAACACACUGACAGAUCUAAAAGAUAUAUUGUGGAACACGUUGACCUUGGUGCCUAUUACUACAGAAAAUAUUUCUAUCUUAGAGAGCACUGGAAUUAUCUGGGAGUAGAUGAGAAUCUGGGACCAGUGGCUGUGAGCCUGAGGAGGGAGAAGUUAGAGGAACACAAAGAACAUGGUCAGCAGUACAAUUACAGGGUUAUCUUCAGAACAAGUGAGCUUAGUACCCUGCGUGGGUCCAUCCUUGAAGAUGCAGUGCCAUCUACAUCCAAGCAUGGUCUUGCUCGAGGUCUGCCCCUCAAAGAAGUGCUGGAGUACCUCCUUCCUGAGCUCAAUGUUCACUGCUUGCGCCUGGCACUCAACACACCUAAAGUUACUGAUCAGCUGAUGAAACUUGACGAACAAGGGCUGAGCUUCCAGCGGAAGGUCGGGGUGAUGUACUGCAUGGCAGGCCAGAGCAGCGAGGAAGAGAUGUACAAUAACGAAGCAGCUGGGCCUGCCUUGGAAGAGUUCCUCCAUCUACUGGGCGAGAGAGUUCGACUCAAAGGCUUCAACAAGUACCGAGCUCAACUUGACACAAAGACUGACUCAACAGGCACCCAUUCCUUGUACACUACUUAUAAGGAUUAUGAGAUCAUGUUCCACGUUUCAACCAUGUUGCCCUACACACCCAACAAUAAGCAGCAGUUGCUGCGGAAGCGUCAUAUUGGGAACGAUAUCAUCACAAUCGUGUUCCAGGAACCUGGGGCGCUCCCUUUUACUCCUAAAAACAUUCGCUCCCACUUCCAGCAUGUGUUCGUGAUCGUGCAGGCUCAUAACCCUUGUUCUGACAACUGCUCCUACAGUGUGGCAGUCACCCGUUCCAAAGACGUGCCAUCUUUUGGCCCCCUUAUCCCAGAGGGUGUGACAUUUCCCAAGUCGUCUGUGUUCAGGGACUUCCUGCUGGCCAAGGUCAUCAACGCUGAAAACGCUGCCCACAAGUCACACAAGUUUUGUGCCAUGGCCACUCGAACACGCCAGGAGUACCUGCGUGACCUGGCUGAACGCCACACCACUAGCACGUCGAUUGACCCCUCUGGAAAAUUUCCUUUCAUUUCCCUGGCCCAUAAAAAGAAAGAAAAGACUCGGCCGUGUGAUGGAGCAGAGUUACGCAGUCUCGGUGCCGUGACCUGGCAAGUUUAUGCAGAGGAUCAUGGGAAUGGAGGGGAAAUUGAGGCUUUACUGGCCAUUUCCAAUGACUUUAUCAUCCUGUUGGACCAGGAUGCCAAGGCUGUGGUGUUCAACUGCGCCACUAAGGAUGCAAUUGGCUGGACACUUAGCAGUCCUGCUUCUUUAAAGAUUUUCUACGAGCGUGGAGAAAGUGUGUCCCUGAGGAGUAUCAGUAAUAAUACAGAGGAUUUCAAAGAAGUGAUCAAACGUCUUGAGUUUCUUACUAAAGGUUGUGAAACAUCAGAGAUGACGCUUCGUCGAAACGGCCUGGGACAGCUCGGCUUCCACGUGAAUUAUGAAGGCAUUGUGGCUGAGGUUGAGCCUUAUGGCUACGCUUGGCAGGCUGGGCUGCGUCAGGGAAGCCGUUUGGUAGAAAUCUGUAAAGUCGCUGUAGCAACUCUGACCCACGAGCAGAUGAUUGACCUCCUGCGUAACUCUGUGACAGUGCGUGUUGUUAUCAUUCCACCACAUGACGACGCCACUCCACGCAGGGGCUGCUCAGAGCUAUAUCGAGUACCUGUGUCAGAAUACAAGGGCAGCAGCAGCGAUAGUGGCUCCUUCGAGUACAAAUUCCCCUUCCGCAGCAACAAUAACAAGUGGCAGAGGACAUCGAGCAGUCCUCAGCAGUCACUGACGGCCUCUCCACAGCCCCACACGCCCAACCGAGCCAUCAGCCUGGGAAGCUCCGUGGGGAAGACCCUGUCAGCUGAGAGGCUGGAGAGAGGCGCUGCCAUUCCACGCAGUGUCAGCAGUGACGGCCGACCUCUGGACUCAAAGAGGAUGUCUCCAGGCAGUGAGAGCUACAGCCUGGCCUCGUCUCUGGCUUUAGGUCGCUCCCCUCACAACCGCAGCUCUCCCAGCAACCUGUCAUGUUCCACUGAAGCCUCUGGAAGCUCUGCUCACUGGAGACAGAAGUCGAUGCCCGAGCAGUUUGCAAGCAGCCGUCAUUCUCCUUUGUCUUCGGAGAGACGAGAGGUGGUCGGGGAAGGUGGGUCCAGUGGAAAGUCCACUCCCAAUUGGUCAAGAAUGGAGGACGGUAGCGGAAGUGAAAGAGGGUCAACAGAGACCCCUGUUUCCAAGUCGGGUCAGGGCUACUCGGGAGCUCCCCGCAUCCAGAGGCAAGAGCAGGUCAUCCACCUCUCCCCGAAGAAGGGCAGCCAGUCAGAUGGCCCUUACUCAGGUCACUCCAGCAGUAACACUCUAUCCAGCACAACUUCCAGUGGGGGCCACAGUGACAGUGACAAAUGGUAUGAUUUGGGGGCAGGUGGGGGCUCCAGUGGCGACCAGGGGGAUCCAGAACCCAAUGGCCUGGGAGGGGGAGGAUACCUGCAGGGAGCCUCUGCUGACAGUGGUAUUGACAGCGGCUCAUACGGAGCCCAGCAUCACGCUCACCCCCACUCGCAUCAUGGCAGCACCACGUCGCUGCUGGCUCCCAGUGGAAGCAGAGAAAACAGGGAGCGGACCGGCUCUCCGUGGCACAGUCCAACCGAAGGAGGGCGCAGGAUGCUCGAGAGGUCGCCUGCUGCCGCCGAGUCUCCUGGUCCCCCAGCAGAAAGAAACCUGGAAGGUCGAAGCCCCCCAACUCAUCUCCUCGUUAGAGACAGCAGCACAUACAGUUUGAGUGACAGCGGCUCACACUCGAGGCACUCCGGCCACAGCUCUCCCAGAGAAGAGUCAUCGUCUUCAGCCACCUCCCCUUCGUCUCAGACCUCAGGACCCAAGAGCUUCUACCCCCGUCAGGGAGCUCAGUCCAAGUAUCUGAUCGGCUGGAGGAAACCUGGCUCCACUAUCAAUUCUGUGGAUUUUGGAGACACGCGGAAGAAAUCUCCUGGAGAAAGUGGAGGAGAUCUGGUUCCAACCCCGGCAGCUAGACCUUCUCUCAGAGACAUGCACUCACCACAGCAGCAUGCUAAAUCUACCAUAGAGGAAGACUUAAAGAGGCACAGUGCUCACGACACUCCCCCACCACCAAGAAAACACAAAGAAAAGGUACGUUCUGGAAAAGAAAGCCAAAUAAGUCGCCGCUCGCUCCAUCGCACCCUGUCAGACGAGAGCAUCUAUCGCGGUCAGCGGCUUCCCUCGCUGAGCGACUCGGUGACUGAACCCACUCUCAGCCCUGACGUCCUCUUUAGCUGCUCCACCCUUCCCCGCUCACCCACCACCCGUGGCGUCCCUCUUAGACGGCCUUCGUACAAGCUUGGAGUCAAACUUCAUGGUGACCUUUCAGCAUCUGACACCUCACUGGUGGAUUUGGUGGAGCGACAUCGAGGACCCCUCCCUCAGGAGCUGAUGCCCCUCCCAUCCUCAGAUAGGGAAAGUCCUCUGGAGUGGACUCACCUGGUGGAUGUGGCCAGUACCUUUGAUAAUGAGAGAACCACACACUACAUUCAGAGAAGUUACGUGUUCGGGGAGUCCAACCACCGAAGCAGCGGUGCAUCCAGUCCUCAGCAGCCCCACAUGGAGCUGCAGCCUGCUCCGAUGUCACGGCCAUCGUCAAGUGAGGGUCACAUAGGACUGGAGAGGAAGGUGACUAAACUAGAAGCCAUGGUGAAGAUGCUGCAGGAGGAUCUGAAGAAGGAGCGAGACGAAAAACUGCGGCUCCAGUCGCAGAUCAAGAGACUCUGGGAGGACAACCAGAGGCUGCAGGAAGAGUCCCAAACCUCCGCCGCCAAGCUCAAGAAGUUCACCGAGUGGGUCUUCAACACCAUCGACAUGAACUGACGUCUUCUUUCAAACGUUAACUCCCACUGACGAGCACAUCCGCACACAGUCUGGGUGAAGAAGCAGAGGGGGAUCAAGCUGAGACCUUCAGGACUCCGUUACCGUGAUUGAUAAACCUUUCUACAACCCUCCACUGGCCUCAGGCA